AUGGUGAAUUUCACGGGACACACGAAGAAGCGAGUGGUUAAUUUAGGCGGCCCUGGUAGAAGUCUAGGGGGUGGCGGUAGACAGAAACCCUUAUCAGCUACUGGAAAUGGGUCUAGCACGAGCUACCUUGAGAUAGCACGAGCACAAAGGAUCGAAAGAGAGGAACAAAGAGCUAGAGAGAGAGCCAUACUCGUGAUACAGUCCUAUACAAAGCGAUAUCUUGAAAUGCUUCACCUCUGGGAUAUAAUAUAUCAAGACUGGAAAAGUAAUCCUGUAGCAGACGAUCGCUGGGUGGGCCAAUUCAAAUUCCUCUGUAAGUGGAAAAGAUUGAGCCCCCAAGAGCUUGAAGAGCUCCUCUUGGUCUUAUUGCAUCAAAUGCGUGAUAAUGACGGCAUUAAUAAGUUUUCAGCAUAUUCCGUUCAAGCUUUGUUUAGUACCAUUGAGAAAAUGUUGAAAAUGUACCCCUAUACCAUUGAAUCGGGUGCUGCAGAGGUGCUAGAGUGUAUGGUUGGCUCAAACGCCCAAUUGAAGUAUGAUGGAAUCUUGAAGGCAAUCCAUACGAGAUUAGUAUCUGAAACAACUCUGCAAACUUCCCAAAUCCUUAUAAAAGUUGCCCUUUUCAUUAAUGUCCAAGAUUCUUAUAAUAGUUACUUAGAAUUGUUAGCCAUUCCGAAGGUUCUAGUAAAUACGCCCCAAAAUGAACUCGACAGUUAUGUUUUCCCAGUUUUGAUGACUUCCUCAGCACAAGGAUCGAUGAGAUUAAACAUGUCGAUUGAGAGAUUAACAAAUCAGGAAAAGGUACAGUUACUAUCGAACAUAGUUGGAUGCUUUAAAGUAUUUUCACUAUCUGAUUAUUUAAUCAUAGGUACAGUUCUCUCCCACAUAUCAUUCAUCAUAGCCACCAAGAGUGGUGAAUCUUCUGUUGGCAAUGAAAAUUCGCUACCAGUUAGCAAAUCUACUGUUUUCGUGUCACCAUCAGUAAUAUCCAGCUUGGAGGUUUUAUACUCUUCGAAUUUUAUUAGGCAAGCCUUUGGAUACCUCAGUGACGCAGUAUCAGAUGAUUCGAGUAACAGUGUAAUCUUCGAAGUGAUAUCGUCCUUGUUGUAUUUUAUUCCAACGUAUAAAGCUAGGCUUUGUAUGCUUAUUACGAUAACUCCCGGUUCAUAUGGAUGGUUGUUUAAUAGAAUAAAAGAUAACAGUACAUAUCAAGAAUUCAUAAGCAACAAUGAUAAUAAAGACUACAUGAAUAAUAUGCUAGUUGAAGAAAAGGAUGAUUUCUGGAAAAUUGUUUAUACAUUUGAAGAGUUAUACUCGUAUUGGCUCAUUGUAUCAAAUGACUUAGAGAGCUUCAAUGAAGAUAAGUUGAGCAUUGAAGAUGUAUCUGAAUUUAUGGUUUUUUUAAAAAGUUUGUGUCUAACAUUAAUAUUGGAUGAUGGAGCAAGAAAGGAAAAGUUUAGAAAGUUAAAAGACAUUUCUAUAUCAUUGUUAAAUCAAUUGUAUUUAAAAAAUUUGAGAUUGCGGUUUGUUAGUGAAGAUUUCUGGCAGUUGAAAGAACCCAUAAAUAUCGAUCACUUAUUGUUGAGACUCAAAACGAAAAGGGAGAAUAGACGAGGGAGAGAAAGAGCUGAUGCAAUUGAUGAUCUCAUGGAAGUCGAUGAGUACGAGGAGGAAGAAGACGAAGAAGAAGAGGAAGAAGAAGAUGAUGAUGAAGAAUCAGAAGAAGAGGUGGGUGACGUUGAAGGCGGAGAAUAUAUUGUUGAAGGAGACCAACCGAUUGGAGUUCCUAAGUUUUCAAGCUUGGAGAAAAGAUCUGAAGUGGUCACACACUCAAAAUUAGAAAUCUUGGAGAAGGUUCCAUUUUUUAUUCCAUUCAAAGAUAGAGUGCUCAUAUUUCAAGCCCUCGUUCUCUCACAGAAGGAGAAGUGGGAUGCACCACUUUACAGCUUCAAUGCAGCGCCAAGAAGAUUGGUUGGAUCUAUUAGGAGAGAAUUUUUAGUUGAAGAUGCGUUCAAGGAAUUUCAUAAUGUUGGCAGUAAUUUAAAAUACCCGUUGAGUGUGACCUUUAUCAAUGAAUACGGUCCAGAAGCGGGCAUAGGAGAGGGAAUAACCAAAGAAUUUUUGACAAGCGUCGUCACUGAAGGUUUUAAACCUAAUGGAGUAUUUCAGCUUUUUAAAGAAACUUCGUUAAAUCAAUUAUAUCCAAACGAAGAAGUCUCACUUAGUUUACAUGAGAAACAUAACGUCAAAUAUCAACAAGAACGACUUUUAUAUUUCAAAUUUUUGGGCUCUAUCAUUGGGAAAUGUUUCUAUGAGAGUAUUUUAAUUGACAUUUCGUUUGCACCCUUUUUCCUUACCAAGUGGUGCAAUGCUAAUAGGGGAAAUACUAGUUUGAAGAAUUCAAUCAACGAUUUGAAUUAUUUAGACAAAGAUCUCUUUCAGAAUCUAAUGAAGUUGACAACAAUGACAGAUAACGAGUUACGGGAACUCGAUUUAACUUUUACCAUCAAUGAAAGAAUUGAAGAUAAGUCUUACACUUUCAAUUUAAUGCCAGAUGGAGAACAUGUAUCGGUGAAUUCUUCCAAUCGUUUGAGUUAUAUUCAUCAGGUGUCUAAUUUUAAAUUGAAUAGCUCGUUGCAUAUUCAAACUAAGUAUUUCUUAGAUGGGCUCUUCGAAAUAAUUCCUUCAAAGUGGUUGAGGAUGUUCGAUGCAUUUGAAUUGCAAAUGCUAGUUCUGGGAGGAGAUAACGACGUGAAUGUUCAAGACUGGAAAGAAAAUGUACAAUAUGGUGGGUAUUUCGAUGAUGACUUAACCAUUAAAUACUUUUGGGAGGUUGUCAAUGAAAUGACUUCUGGGGAAAGGUUCAAAUUGAUUAAGUUUGUUACUUCAGUUAGUAGAGUACCAUUGCUAGGAUUCGGAGCAUUGAAUCCGAAAUUUGGGAUCAGGAAUUCGGGAAGAAGUAUUGGAAGAUUGCCAACGGCUUCUACUUGUGUAAACUUGCUAAAACUACCUGAUUAUCAGGACAAGGCUUUAAUCAAGGAAAAGUUGUUGUAUGCCAUUAACACAGAAGCCAAGUUCGAUCUAAGCUAA